AUGGCGGGCCGCUUUGUGCGAGCGUCGAAGUAUCGACACGUCUUUGGAAAGCCGACCCGUAAGGAAUUCUGCUACGACAACCUUCACAUUAGCAGAAAUGCCUGGGAUACCAAUUUGGUAAAGGCCAACCCCGAAUACCUUUCGGUCAAUUGGGAAGCUGGCGGCGGCGGCGCUUUCGCCGUCAUUCCCCUGGGCGAGAAGGGAAAGCUUCCCGACCAGAUCCCGCUGUUUCGAGGCCAUACCGCCACCGUCUUGGAUACCGACUGGAACCCCUUCAACGACCGCAUCAUUGCGUCCGGUUCUGAGGACGGUAAAGUCUUCAUCUGGGAGGUUCCCGAGAACUUCACUCUCUACACGGAUGCCGAAGAGCCCGCCGAUGUCUCCCCUGUCGGCAGGCUCACUGGCCACUCGAGAAAGGUCGGACAGGUCCUCUUCAACCCCGCCGCCGAGAACAUCCUCGCGUCCGCGUCCGGCGACUUCACGAUCAAGCUCUGGGACAUUGGCACCGGCUCUUCCACCCAUACCCUGAAGCACAAUGAUAUCGUGCAGAGUCUUUCUUGGAACGCCAGCGGCUCGCUGCUGGUGACCACUUCUCGCGACAAGAAGAUCCGCGUGUGGGAUGUGCGCCAGGAGAAGCCCGUCCACGAGGCCCCCGGCCAUCCCGGCGCCAAGAACAGCAGAGCUGUGUGGAUGGGCGAGCACAACCGCUUCGCCACGACCGGUUUCUCGAGAAUGAGCGAGCGCCAAAUCGCUCUGUGGGAGCCCGGCCGCAGCGAGCCCAUUGGGGGCUUUACCAUGCUGGACUCGAUCUCGGGUGUUUGCAUGCCCUUCUGGGAUGACGGAUCUAACUGCCUGUACCUUGCUGGAAAGGGUGACGGCAACAUUCGUUACUUCGAGUACGAGAAUGACAAGUUCGAGUUCCUGAGCGAGUACAAGUCCGCGGAGCCCCAAAGAGGCAUCGCCUUUGUUCCCAGACGUGGUAUUAACGUUCACGAGAAUGAGAUCAUGCGCGCCUACAAGACAGUCAACGACUCCUACAUCGAGCCUAUUUCCUUCACCGUCCCCCGUAGAGCCGAAACCUUCCAGUCCGAUAUCUUCCCCCCUGCUACCGGCCUUAAGCCUGCCGUCAGCGCCAAGGAGUGGCUCGAGGGCAAGGAUGGUAUCCCCAACAAGAUCGACCUUGAGAGCGUGUAUGAAGGUACCGCCCCCAAAGAAGUGGCCGCCGAGUACAAGCCCGCGACGAUCGCCUCCGCUCCUACGCCGGCGGCCAAGCCCGCUCCCAAGCCCGCAUCCGCACCCGCGCCUGCGCCGGAGCCCGCACCGGUCUCGCGCUCGCCUCCUCCCUCGAUGAAGGACCAGCAUGUUUCCAUGUCCAACAUGGCAUCCAAGUUCAAGGACGACGAGCCGGCCGAGGAGGAAGACUUGGACGACAACUCCAGCUUCGAGGAGGUGCAAAGACCAGCUCAGCGCUCUGCCGUCCCGGCGGCGGCCCCCGCCCGUGUCGAGCCGGCCAAGAUCCCCUCCCCCAUCAAGGCCUCCUCUCCCGCCCUCAAGUCCCCCGCCAGCACGUCGCAACCGUCCCCGGUUAAGCAGUCCGCCACCUCCCCCGGCUCGUCUAGCCAUAUCGAGUCCUCAUUGGACCAGAUCAGACAGAUGCUGGAGCAGCAGACCAAGCUCAUCGGCAAGCAGAACGACAAGAUUAGCCAACUGUCGGCCGAGGUGGAGGGCCUGAAGCGCAAGGUGAAUGCGGGCGGAUCUCAAGACCAGAGCGAGAGGAUCAGGCAACUGGAGCUGGAGCUCGAAGCCGCGCGGUCUUAA